AUGGAAGAAAACUCAGACUGCCUUCACUUACGUGGGUUUACUUUUACUCAAAAAAAGUUUAGAAAUCGAAAGACAGGACUUCAGAUAGCAGGAUGCCUCCUCAAAAGCAGCAAAACUCUCAUUGUUGCUACCAGAUUAACAUCCAGCUUUAAGUGGUACCAAAUUCUCAAAGAGCCUCAGCCAUGCGACAUUCACACCUCAAAAGAUGGCAUCCCAGUCAUCAAACCACCAGAGCCAACGCUGACUGAAGUAAUUGAAUCUAGGGAUCCAGAGGAGUGGAAGCAUGUGGAGAAGUUGUUUCCUCGUGCCACCGUCCCUGACCCUCCUGUCCACACAUCCUACCCAACACCAUCCGGAUGGUUCCCACCAAAAGAUCCACUGCCAGGUGAACUUUACAGAGUGAGAAGAACUCGCUUCCACAACUUUCCACUGUACAAGGUCACAUUGAAUGGAGGCAACAGACAUUUCACAGUUGUACACAAAGUUGAAGGAGAUAUAAAGAAAUUUGAUGAAGAAGUCAAAAAAUAUCUGAGCAAAAAGACCAACAAUAAAAUAUACACAACAGUCAAUGAGGUUUGUUGCAAAUUGUGGAUCAGAGGACUCCAUCUGGAAAAUGUUUCUCAAUUUCUUACAGAUAAAGGAUUUUAAUCUAUUUAUUUACAACAUAGUUUAGAUUAGAAAAAAUAAUAAAUGCAGUUCACAAUUUUU